GACAGCUUGUCUAAGUCUGUCCCUCACUUGCCUCCUUGCAGGGUUUGGAAGACGAGGAGCCGGUGGGUGGGCCCAGGCCCCCACAGCCCAUGAGCCAUGGACUGGAAGACUCUGCAGUCGCUCCUGAGCGGAGUCAACAAGUACUCGACGGCUUUCAGCCGGAUCUGGCUCUCGGUGGUCUUCGUCUUCCGCGUGCUGGUGUACGUGGUGGCGGCCGAGCGGGUCUGGGGGGACGAGCAAAAGGACUUCGACUGUAAUACGCGCCAGCCGGGCUGCAACAACGUCUGCUACGACCACUUCUUCCCCAUCUCCAACAUCCGGCUGUGGGCCCUGCAGCUCAUCUUCGUCACCUGCCCCUCGCUGCUGGUCAUCAUGCACGUGGCCUACCGGGAGGAGCGCGAGCGCAGACACCGCCUGAAGCACGGGGACAAGUGCGCCCGGCUCUACGACGACGCCGGCAAGAAGCACGGCGGGCUCUGGUGGACCUACCUGCUGAGCCUCUUUUUCAAGUUCGUGGUGGAGAUCGUCUUCCUCUACAUCCUGCACACGCUGUGGUACGGCUUCUCCUUCCCCCGCCUGGUGCAGUGCGCCGGCGUGAGCCCCUGCCCCAACACGGUGGACUGCUACAUCGCCAGGCCCACGGAGAAAAAGGUCUUCACCUUCUUCAUGGUGGGGGCCUCGGCCAUCUGCAUCGUCCUCACCGUCUGUGAGAUCUUCUACCUCAUCUCCCAGAGGAUAUCCCGAAGCCUGCGCGGAGUCAAGCGCAAGGGAGCUGCUCUGCACUCCCCCUCCUCCAGCAGGGCGUCCACCUGCCGCUGCCACCACCUGCUGCCGGCCCAUGGCGGGGAGGAGGGCGCGAACCUGGGCAAGGGGGCCGAAGCGCUUCGGGCAUCCGCCCCCAACCUGACUCUCAUCUGACCUGGGCGCGGAGCAAGGCGAGCAGCCCGGGGCCGCCUGGGCUAGGCUGAGCAGGGCAAGGGAACCCAUCUUCUAAAUCCCCCUGCCGCUGAUUUCUCGGGCCCCAGGGGCUGGGAAAGGCAGCUGGAGAGAAUGAGGUGGAGGAGUGACUUGGGGACACUCACAGAGCGGAGACCCUGGGAAAUGAAUCCUCUUAGAGAGCUAGCCCUAUUCUGGAGACCUCAGGAAAGAUCAGUGUGGGCAGAGAAGGCCUAGAGGAAGGAGAGUGGUUACUGUAUCCCCUUCUGUCUUUAACCCCUACUCUACAAGCCGGGCCUGGAGAGGGGACUGCUGAACCAGAUCUGAAUAAUCCUCUCUCUACCCAGGGCUAAGUCCUGUAGGCUGUGCUCAGGGGGCCUAGUGGUCAGUCCUGUUGCUCUCUCCAAGGGGCCAGCAAGGAAAGGUUUCCAAAGAUGGGCUCUUCUUCCAAACCGGAGAUCACAGGACCAGCAGAUCAGACCACGGGGUGGGUUGCAGGUAAUGUCGGCAGGCACAAGGAUUUAGGCAACCAGAACAAAGAGGAUCCAGGAAGGACACUCAGCUAGUAUCCAGGGGCUUAGGCUGUAGCUAGCUGCUCCCUCCAAAUCCAAUCUGGUUCACUUCACCCUUGCCCUUGGGAAGACUCCUCCCUCUAUGCUGGAGAGACAAGCUUCCUUUCUCUUGCCCCCAACCUCCAGAAGAACCUUCUAAAUCCAGGGCCAUUGAGGGUUUUAUUCCCAGGCCCAACAAUGGAGUCCCCAUUCUGAAGCUUGGGGCCAGACUCACCAGGAAUGCUGGUUUAAGGAACUGAGUCUCCCCUCCAUCUACCUUGAACCAAGUUUGAAGGCCUGAAUCGCUCUGGACAUCAAUAGGUGAGAAUGGAAAGAAGGAUAUGAUCCCCUCUUGAGAUUCAAUAAAAUAGUAUGGUUUCUUUUUCUUUUCUAUAA